ACUACUUUAAUGGGAGACCUCCUGAUAAAAGUAAGUUGCGGCUGGAAGUGAUGUUGGUGGGCCAGUAGAGGUGAUCUUCCCUCUGCUGAAAUAAACUGCAGUGAUGUCGACACUUUGAUAUAGGAGGACAUUGGCUCCAAUGACAUUCUUCACAUUUUCUGUGGGUGUCCUGACCCUUCUGCUGGUUUCAUCCACCAGGGCAGAUGAGGACCUUUCUGUCUCAACCUUACUUGAGAAAGCAAACCGGAAUGUAGUACAUGACCCUGAUGAGCCAACCAUUGUGGAUGACAUUGCCAUUCCCACAUUCCCUGAGAAGAAUGCCGACCCUUGCACCUCUCGUGGUUGCAUGUGGCCUAAGUACUCCGAUGGAAAGAUUUAUGUGCCUUACGUCAUCGCGAACCACUACUCAUCCCGUGAGUUAGCCGUCAUUGAACGUGGACUGGAGUCCUUUGCAUCCUCCACCUGCAUCCGCUUUACACGUCGCACCAAUCAGAGGGACUAUUUGUACAUACAGUCUCAUAACGGGUGUUAUUCCUAUGUGGGGCGCGUUGGUGGCAGCCAGGUGGUGUCUCUAAGCCGACAAGGCUGCAUCUAUUAUGGUACAGUUCAACACGAGCUCCUGCAUGCCCUGGGCUUCAACCAUGAGCAGACACGCAGUGACCGCGACUACCAUGUCCGUGUCCUCCUGCAUAACGUCAUCUCUGGUAUGGAACACAAUUUCAAUAAAAUUGACACCAACAACCUGGGGACUCCAUAUGAUUACGGCUCUGUCAUGCAGUACCACAGAUUUGCCUUCUCCAAGAACAACGAGCCAACAAUGGUGCCAAUCCCAGACAACAAUGUGGAAAUUGGGGCAGCCACACAAAUGAGUUACAAUGAUAUUGCGAGGAUCAACAGGCUGUACCAAUGCUAAUGAAACAAGCUAUGUGAAGUGGAAACAG